UGCAUUCCAUCCAACGGCCGCCGCUGGUUUUCUUUCUUCUCGCCCAAGCCGCCGCCGGCGCUCGCGCCCUGUAAAAACACCGGAGCACGGGAGCACCACGCCUAGGCAGCAGCGGCGCGGCAAUCCCUCACCAGAACCCACCCCUCUCCGCUCUCCCCACAGCGUCGGUCGGCUGUCCGGAUCGGCAUGGAGAAGACGACGCCGACGCCGCAGCCGGUCUGCGCGCUGGAGUCGCUGGCGCUGCUCAACUGCGUGGCCGCGGUCCCCUACGACCGCGACAGGUGCCUCGCCCUCGUCGACGCCCUCCGCGACUGCAUCACACAGAAGAGAGUAAAGAAGUUUUCUCUUGCCGAGCCAAGCUCCAGCACCAGCACCAGCACUGAAGCUCCAAAGAGCGAUCCGAAGCUCUGAAGAAAUACUAGCGAAGAACGUUUUCGAUGGCGAUGACGUGCUUGAUACGAUUACGGAUGUAACCGCAGCGUUAGGUCUGUCAAUUAUUUUGUGGAACCCAUGUAGAAGACCACUUUAGACUACAUCUGUCAGAUGUUGGUCGAACUGUGCCAUGUUGGCACGAUUCUAGCAGAGUAAGACCGAUGUAAUGCCCAUGGGUUGGCCCUUAUCCCGUUGCAAUAAGAAGUGCAUCCGCAGCUGUCGAUGAUUCGGUUUCA